GACCCCACGUUUUCCACCAGACCGACGUUUUCCACCAGACCCCUCGUUUUCCACCAGACCCCGCGUUUUCCACACCCCGGGACCACGUACGCCGGGACCCCGGCCCCGCGUUUUCCAUCUAGCCGUCUGCAAACACAUUAAAUUUGCAUUCGGGUCAGACAUUGCCUAGGAAUUGUCUAUAUGGUCGUCUCGGUCUUUUUAAAGCGAGAAAUAAACCAAGCCUUAGAAUGGUCUAGAAUGACUAGAAUUUAGUGUUUAUAAUCCCUAUCUGAGAAGAUCAAUAGGCGGGCGGGAUUUUUCUCCUUGUAAAAAGUUUUUGUCAUUUGCUAACCUCUCAUAAACACCUGGAUAACAGUGACGGAUCCACAAUGAAAAAAUUAAUUUGCUUCAGCUAUCACGGUUGGCUAUAUGCUCCAUGGGCAAAUAUCGCCGAGAGCUCAUUUACAUUAAUUCACCUACGACGCCAUGCAAAAAGUAAUUUUCCGUUUAAGAGUAAUUUUCACCUUGGAGAGAAUGACUCAGCGAAAUCAAACCUCGCACCGUCCCCUGCCUCUCGCUAGCGUUUAUAUUCAGCAAACAUUCUGGAAAUGCGACAAUUGUCGCGAAAGUGCUUUUGUUCUUCGUGAACUGUUUAAAACACGGAAAAAAAAGGUUCCGGAAAAUUAUUUCUAUUGAUCGCGCUCGAACAUAGUCGGUUAAAAGGUUUUUUGAGUUAUUGCUUAGAACGUGAUUAUUUUGAUGCUCGUAUACAGUAUAAUAAAAGCAAGAUCCUGAGUUUUACUAUUUUUCGGACCAUGGCGAAUCAAUGAUCUUUACUAAAUUCAAGAACUGGCUCAAUAGGGUCCAAAAACAUGUCUCUAUCCUUCACCUCUUUUAGUUAUUUGUAUAUCUAUACCUUGCGCUUUUUACUUUGGAAAGUGCUGAGUCACGCCGAAAAAAGAAAACUGGUUUUAUUUUUAAGGUCAGGAGCACGGCAGCUGCUAUUAUAUUUUAUCACGCCAUUGAAAUCAUCCAAUGGAAAUUCAAAAUCUUGACGUCAGUUUUGUAUUAUGCCGAGUGUGUACAUCGUUCAGUGCGAAAGAAAAGAAUGUGAAAAUUUAAAGAGACAAAUACUCGAAGAAUUUAUCCAGGAUUAAGACACAAAACGAAGGUUCUUCCAACAAGGAGGCAUUUGAAGGGACUAAUUCUCGAAGAAUUUAUUAUCUAGGAUUAGAGCCAGAACAAAGGUUUUUCCAACAGGGAGGCAUUUUCGCGUUGCUCAAAAAUACGCUUGCUCAGCAAAUGUUUGCUUGUUGUUCCAAGUCUGCUGCUUGACGUGUUGGUAUUCUAGUUAUGUGUUGACUAUUUGCAUGAUAAUAGAAAGCAAAGCUCAGUAAAAAUAAAUAGGUAUUGAUGAAAAACGGACUUUGAAUUUUAGGUUGUACAGAAAUAUAUUCUGUCCAGCUAAGCAAUUUGGAGAAGCCCACGCAAAAGUUCAGAUACUUGAAUAUUUCUCACUUGUUGUUUAAUUUGGGUGUUUAAACGUUUAUUAAUAUGGUCGAGACGUUUCAGAAGGGUUAGCACAAAGUUGGGGGAUGUGAAGACAAUCUUCUCACACUUGAGGAUACGGCACACAGUCCAGCAUUACCUGAAUGGACUGAACAACGAGGAAUAAACACAAUACAUGUAGAUGUAUUUAGAUUACGAUAAAUAUCUUAUACACACUUCUUUUUUGGAUUUUUAGUACUGGCGAAUUGACUUUCGCCAGUGCAAAUGAUGGGGCGAAUCAUUUUCUGGGAGUUUCUAGACGAAACUGCCUCUUUCCCACUUUCUUAGUAUAGCUGCUGUUCGGACGAGGGAUUUCUUUCCAGUCAUAUUUCCGUGAAGUACCUCUUAGUCUUAGUUCUUAAUAGUAUUAUUUUAAUAAGUAUUGUAACUGACGAAGGGGUCUAAGGGUCUAAUAUUAAGCCACUUUCUGGCACUUUUUUCCUUCUUGUAUGCGUAAAUCGAGCACUCCUACGAUUGUGUGAAACCACUUCUAUUUUUCUUUGUUUGUAUUUACAUGUGUGUGUUUUUUUUCUACCCGCCGCCAUUAUAUGAGCGGCGAACAAAAUCAAUUCUUCUUCCAGCUUUAGCGCUUGACUGCAUGUUUCUCCGUCCAAAGUUCGAUCCAUUCCAAUAAGCCCAGCUUUGUGAAUCUAUAAUUAGGGGAAUCCCCUGAAGAAAAAAAGGCUUUUUAGACAGUCCUUAGGCAGUUUUCGUAGCUCGAAUUGUGGGCAAGUUCGGCCGAUGACACUGCGAUGAGCUAAUGCUUUUUUCGAAUUGACUUAUCGUUUCUUUAUUUUUCACUCAAGGUGAUGGUCCUUUUUAUAAUUUUCGGCCUAGCAGCAAGAAGUUUAACCUGGCAGUCGACUCUAACAGUCUUCGUCCUCCUGGUUUUAGCCAUACCUGUAAGGGUGAGAACUCAAUGCCCAGAGUGCAUUGGCCAAUAUAUAAAAACGGUCGACACUAUAACAGGGGAGUGCAUCAGUUGUUUCCCUUGUCUACGAUGUGAUGGUGAUUACACUUCAUCAGUCCCUUGUGGAACAACUGUUCCCUUUGGUACAGACAUAAAAUGUGUCUUAAUUCCAUCAGACCCUGUGGUUCUUCCUGACGCUGGUACGCAAACACAGUAUUUAAAUUCUCUGCCCUUGGCCAUCUCUAGUAAGUUCAUUGUUGCACCAGCCACAAGCAUUGUUCAUCCCACUACUAGUUCCAGUGCUUCUACCAGAUCCAGUAUUAAAGGAACUGACAGAUCAGAUACAAAGAAGCAGAAGAGCGAAAAGGACCUUGCAUUAGCAGAAUGGAAGAAAGACUCAAGAAUCUAUAUAUUUGGUGGGAUAUUUCUUGCAGUUGCAUUGGUGGCUGUCAUGUACAGGAUUAGAAGAAAAAGCAGAAAACAAGUACUGCUACAACCAGUGGAUCAUGUCAAGCCUGAUCCUUCCUCACCAAUACAGUCACUGCCAGAUGUUCUUCGUCAAGAUAGAGAAACUUGCAGCAUCAAUUGUACAACAAACACUGUUGAAUUUAGACGUCACAAUGGUUGUGCAUCUGAGAUAGGAGAUGGCAAUCAGAGAUCCCAGUGUUUAGCAGCACAAAGUUCUUCAGGAGGAAAUACCAGACCCUCAGAUCUUGUUGCAGCUCCAGUUGAUGCUGUUCAACUGCAUACCCGGUCACUUCCUCCUGAACCUUUGUCUCAAUCUCUCAUUGUACAGAAUGGUGCCAUUGCUGAUGGUAUACUGGAGCAAGGAAGACCUUCUAUCUGGUCAACACUGUCACAAAGACAAAAGUAUGACACAAAGGUUUUGGAGAUACCAUAUCCUCUUCUGUACAAAAUUUGUCUCACCCUUGAUAUACCGAGAGCUGAUGGGAAUGAUGUUAGAAUGCUCGCAUACAAGCUUGGAAUUUCACUUCCUGACCUUGCCAUUCUUAAACAGGCAGCCAUUACACAACAACCAGAUAAUAAUUAUUUUAAUUCCACCAGCUAUGCUGUUCUAAACAAAAACCAUUCUCUUUCAGUAAAGGGUUUUGUUGGUAUAAUGGAAGAAAUUGGAAGGGAUGACAUCAUCUGUCUGAUAAAUGACUGGUCAAAUUAAAGAUCAGAUAUCAAUUUAUUCAUUGACCACAAGGGAAAAUACAGACUUGUAAGCAGGUAUGAAUGAAGCCCCAAAUGACCUCAACCUUUUCCAACCAAUUAUAAUGUGCAUAUAAAUCAGAUCAACUAUAUCAUCACAGAUCUAUGUCAUUUUGAAACUUAGACCCCCAAUAUAUUUCCUGUCUCCCUACCACCCAGAUGAGAUCGUAACAAUUUAUGACCAUUUCAAAUAACAUAAUAUUAUUAUUGAAUUAAUUUCAAAACUCAUUAAAAUUAUUUGCAUUUUCCCAUCACUUCCCUUACUUGAGAGCUCCCUUCUUCAGUUUGUGUACAACUUUUCUACACAUUGAAAGAAGUGCAACUUACCCAGUACCUAUAGUACAGAGUAAAGGCAAUUUAAAUUCAUUUUGUUCCAUUUUUACAGCUCUGUCUUGUCAGUUUCAAGCAAAUGUUCUUUUGAAGAGUGAAAUAAUUACCAAUAUUUUUUCGCAAGCACACUUGGAUUUGUGAUUAUAGAUAGCUAAUGAGGUGCAUAGCGCCAAGUUGUUUAUAAUUUCAUCCAUAUCCAGCAGGCAUGAGUGGAACAAUUGUUUUGUUAAAAAUGCCCACAAAAUGUAGAAAGCUAAAAUAAAGUAAGAAUAAAAAUGUACACAAAAAAAAAAUACACGUAUGCUCACUAAAUUUGUAUGGCAUGGUAUAAUUAUACCAUGCUGCCUGAGUUUUCCAUGAGUGAAUACAAGGUCAACGGGGCCUAGCUAAGUCAACUACUACUCAUAAAAAACAAAGGCGAGACACCACCAAUUAGACUAAUUGGUUUAGUAGACACUAAAGGAUGACAGCCUAAAAUCAUGUAUAAUUUUCAGCUUCAAGAGCAGCAUGUGCAAUCGUUGUCUAUCAGCAAAUAAAAAAUGAGAGAACAAAUCAGAUUUGUGGAUCUCCAACAGAGCACUAUGAUGGCCGAGAACUGCCAGUAAAAAAAUCAUAUAUUUUUGUGUAAUAAAUGUUAGCUUGACUGAGAAAUAAAACAAAACUAAAUAAAACAUGAAGUAAAAUUAAAUGAAAUUUAAAAGUACAUUGAGUUUUAAAAGUAAAACCACUUUACUGUUAAGUUAAACUAAAAUGGAAAUACAGUUCAAAGUGAAAUAUAAAAUCAAUUUCAAAUGAAAUUCAAAGUGCAAGUGAAAGUGAAUUUCACCGUGGCCAAGCUCUGCCACUACCAUCAUGCUACUCGCGCCUACAAAGCUCUGCGCCUGUGAUUCUAUUAGCCAAUAUGGCGGAUAACCAUGAGUCUACCUGGACCAAUGACGAUAACCUAAAAGAAGUUUUAACUAAAUAUGUCCAGCAAGGCUUGCAAAGAUCGGAAGCACUGGAUUUUCUCAGACGCGAAUUUCCAGAAUGUGCAUGGAGUAUUCAUUCCCUUGACAGAAGGCUUCAUCACUUUAACAUCUUUUACAAUGACAGGAGUGUCGAAGUUCAGGACGUGAAAGAAGCGGUGGAAGAGGAGCUUAAAGGUCCUGGUAAGCU